UUAGCUACUGUAACCGUACGUACGUAGACAUGUCGCAGCUCCCGACGCCGCUGGCCGGCGCCGGCGCCGUCGCCGUCGCGGACGGCGGAAGGAAGAAGCGGGCGGGGCUCCCGAAGCUGCUGCACAAGUUCUUCUUCAAGGUUCUCCGGCUGAGGCCCGCGGCGGCGUCCGCCGCCGAGCAGGGCGCCGCCGCGUUCGGGGCCUACUACGGGUACCGGAUGGUGGACGAGUGCUACUACUACAGCUACGGCGGCGCCGGGCCGGCGUCGUGGGCCGGCGUGCUCUCCUCCAUCCCGGAGGAGGAGAGCUCCGACGAGGGCGCGCCGCCCGACGCCGCCGUCGCUCUCCGGAAGGUGCACUCCGACUCCGAGCAGUUCGUCGCCGCCGAGGCCGCCGUCGUGCACCUGCAGGUCGUCUUGUAAAUCACGGCGGCGCAGCUGAGCUUUGCUCGCUGCCGUCCGAUCAGAGAUCGACGCUUUGGAUGAGAUCAUUGGCAAGGUUUUUUUUGGACACGCUACCAACGAUCAUCUCCUCCAUAUUAUGCAUCAUCCCUCACACAUCUCAAAGUUGAUCGGAUGGCUCCAGAGGAUAUCAGUUCAUACCAAGCAUCAGAAGAGCGUCCGGAUCGAUCUGCAGACUGCAUCUACCAAGAUCAAAGUUUAAUCUUUUUCAUCAGUUAUCGACGAGAUUUUAAUUUGUGCAGCAUAGAUAUAUGUAUAGAUCAUGAUAGCAGAAAACUCUGUACUAUGACACAUAGAAAA